UCUAACCUUACAUAAUAAUCCUACUAACCUUUUCUUUUUAAAUGUAAAUUAUUAGUCAAAUAGAUGUAAAUUACAUGAUUUAAUCUUUAAAUGCAAAUGACAUGGAUAUGAGAUAACAUUUAGGAAUAGUGAUGAAGAAAAAUAACAUUUACUUUCAUUCUCUUGGGAGGACUUUUAGAAAGCAGACUGGACAAAAAGUGUAGCUAAUCCUUCAAAAUGUUUGCGAGAUUAUCAUUUUAUCCCACGUUAAUGUAUAAUUUGAUAAUGGAAAGAAUUUCUUCCCGAAAUUGGUACGACAGGAUUGACGAUUUUGUUAUCUUGGGAGCCUUACCAUUUCCAUCCAUGACUGAACACUUGGUAGAAAACGAAAAUGUUAAAGCUGUAAUAUCAAUGAAUGAAGACUACGAAUUAUGGUUUGCUAAUGAUGGGAAUAAAUGGAAAGAAGCAGGUGUUCAGUUUCUUCAGUUGCCCACAAUUGAUUUUUUUCGAACACCUUGUCAAAAUAAGCUUCAGGAAGGUGUGCAAUUCAUGAACGAAUUUAUUGCAAGAAAUGGGGAAGUGAUAAAUGGUAAUAAACCAACAAUUUAUGUCCAUUGUAAGGCAGGUAGAACAAGAAGUGCAACACUUGUUGGAUGCUAUCUCAUGAGGAGGUAUUCUUGGCCUCCAGAGAAAGCAGUUCAUUUUAUGAUUGACAAAAGACCUCACAUACUGUUGGGUGGUAAACAGUGGAAAGCACUUAACACAUUUUAUCAGGAAAAUAUCACUUCACAAACAUCAGAUUAAUAAAUAUGUGUAUUAUUUAUUAUAAAUUUAAAUAUUUAACUAAACACUUGUCUUCCAUUGUAUUUGUUUUAGCAUAAUUCCCUUAGUAAGGUACUGUUAUUGUUUUAAACUUAUAUAUUAUAUAAGAACAGUUGUGGUAGUUUUAAACAGUUAUAGAUCCAUCACAUUGAUGGAUUAAAU